CUUUGCUGUAUGUAAUCUGUAUCUGUACCCCAUUUGUAAAACGCAAAACGAUUGUCAAGAAGACGAAAUUAAAAUCUAAAAUUGAGCCGAAACUCAAGAAAAAACAAACAGAUCACUGAUCGGCUUAUUACAUAAAUAUUAAAAAUGUGGAAUAAAUUGCAAGACUCGCCCCCGUUUUAUCUGCACUUUUCACAGAACAAUGGCUACGAGAUAUCAGUAACCGAUUACAUUACAUUGUACACUGUUAAUGUUUUGGAAAAUGAAUUUAUGGCAAUAUUGAAGGAAAGUAAUCCAAAUCUGGAAAUAACUGACGAGGAGUGGAUCGAUAAUGGAGUUAACAUGGUUUCAAACUUUGAUAAUAUGUUUGACUUAAUAAUAAGCACUGCAGAUGGACAUUUAAAACUUUAUAUUUGCAAAGUUUUUGCUUAUCCAUUUAGACUGAAGUUAACAUUACAUGAAGCUCCCAAAGAAAUUUUCUUUCAGAAAGUUACUCAGCAUCUUCUCAGGACUAUUAUAGAGCUUCGCACUGUUGAACAAAAAUUGCGAGUUUCUUUAAAAAAGAAAGAUGAUGAAAUAGAUCAGUAUAAUAGGAGAGGAUAUAAAAUAGAAAAAUAUAGAAGGACAGCAGUAUUUAAUGACAUGGAAUAUUUGGAAGAGCAUGAUGUUUUUCGAAGAAACAUUGAUGUGCCGGAAGACAUUCCUGUCAGUUUACUUGAGAAAAAGGAAGAUAAUAAUGAAAAUCUGCCUGAAGCGAAAGAAGAAGGAGAUGGUACUCAAGAUCUCGAAGUUAAACAAGAAGCAUCUGAAGCAAUGGAAGCCGAAGCUACACAAAGUUUAUCAAAAAUUGAAAUCAAUGAAGAAACAAAGAGUGAACCGGAAAAUACUGAUAGUCCUUUGAAAAAACGGAAAAAGGGGUUGAAUUUGUAAGAUGAAUAAUGCUAUUUCGGACUUUAUUUUAAGGUACUUAAAGGUGAUUUUAUCUUAUUUAAUAUUCUUUUUCUAUGUGCUAAAUAAGCAUAUAUGUUAAUGGGAAAUUAUGAUCUCUUGUAUAUCUUAUACAAAAUCUAUUUAUUUUAUAAGAAAAAAUCGCUUUUUUAUUUUAUUACGUCAUGUAUUUUUUUUUGUUAUUUUUUAAAUUUUAUAUACAAUUUUUUUAUUAUAUGCAUUGCAUUCUAUGUAAUCAAUGAUAUGGUUUUUGAAAAGGAAACU